UGCAACACUAUAAGACCGAGUUUUCUCGAGGCUGUAUAGUUCACAUCUUCCAAAGACUUUCUCAAGGAUCUGCUCUGAAUUUUCCACCGGCCUUUUGAAACUUCCCACGUUGGGUGAAUCAUCUUCAUGGAUCAUGGUGCUGCAGCAAAGCCCUCAGUAUCAGGAUUGUUAAAUCCUUCACCGCAAACCAAUCAAAAAGCUUCCCUCAAGAGAAAACGAUACCGCCGGUGUAGAAGUGCCCCGGUAGCAGCAUGUACGCAUCCACAUCCUGCUGGCCCUGACUCACUGCACCGCUCUCAAAUCAUUAGCCGUAAACUCCACCCAAAUGUUGUUAAAGUGAUCGCCGUCUUGGCCCUUUACCUUGGUGCUGGCACUGUAAUCUUCUACCUCACCAGGCAUCACAUGAGGGGGACGAAAACAAAUGGAGUUGUAGAUGCUGUCUAUUUCUGUAUUGUAACGAUGAGCACAGUCGGGUAUGGAGACAUCGUCCCGAACAGCGUUGCUACAAAGCUACUUGCCUGUGCUUUUGUCUUCAUAGGGAUGGCUCUCAUAGCACUAGGCUUGAGCAAAGCCGCAGACUAUCUGGUAGAGAAGCAGGAAAUGUUGCUAGUUAGAGCCUUGCAUAUGAACCAAAAUGUUGGUACGGUUGAAAUGAUGAGGGAGAUGGAAACCAACAGAGUGAAAAACAAAUGUCUAGUGAUGUCUCUUAUUCUUGUGGUGGUUAUCAUUGCUGGGACAGUCUUUCUAGCUGAAGUGGAGGGAAUGAGCUUCGUUGAUGCAUUUUAUUGUGUUUGUUGUACCAUCACAACCCUGGGCUAUGGAGAUGUGAGCUUCACCACCCAAGGAGGGCGGGUUUUCGCGAUAUUUUGGAUACUGACCGGUAGUAUUUCUUUAGCUCAGUUGCUCUUCUACAUUGCUGAGCUUAAUACCGAGAGAAGACAGAAGAAAUUAGUGAAGUGGGUGCUUGGCCGGCAGAUGACAAAACUAGAUUUGGAGGCUGCUGAUCUUGACGAAGAUGGGGUUGUCGAUGUGUCUGACUUCAUCAUCUAUAAGCUCAAAGAGAUGGGGAAGAUCAGCCAAAAAGAUAUUGCAAUUGUAAUGAAGGAGUUUGAAGAACUAGACGUCGACCAAUCAGGAACAUUGUCUAACACUGACGUACAGCUUGCUCAAUUAUCUUAACAUGGUGAGCUACCAAGACCACGAUAGAGAGGUAACUUGCGGGUAAACGAGUGCAGAAAAUUUGUAUUAGUUGUCUCGGUGCCACUCUCUAAUUCAUACAUACUACCACGUUGAUACAAUAAAGAAAAGCAAUCAAUUUUUACAUUGUACCCUCACUAGGUAUAUAUUUUAAUAAAGAUAUAUUUCUUCUGUACUUA